CUGCACGCACCACAGUCACAGGACAUGUUCGACGCGGCUCUCCCGUGAGCUGUGAUCUAGAGUACGAAUCAGGAACACAGCCACAAGUAUCUUAGCUACAAAGACAAGUCAGCCCAGUUUAAGGCCAAGUCUAUACUUCUACCCGGUCUGAGGAUGACGCGUGCCCCUACCUACUGCUGUAUCCGUCGAGGUAAGAUGGCUCCUGUGCAGCACGACCGCAGAUACAGACCUCAGCCACUGUCGGCCACUUACCAAAUCGACGUCAGCUCGUUGCACGCACGUCUUCUAUCUUCCAAAUCGCUCCGCGGCACCAUAACAACAUGACAGUAUAAGAGGCCGAACUUGCGGCGUCUUCAACAUGCACCAAACCCUCCACAUUCAGGAGACCCGAUCACACAAACGCAACAAUGCGUCUCCAAGUCCCUACCGCCGUUCUGGCUCUCUUGCCCCUCGCCAUCAGCGGCAAUUUUGAGAACCAGCUUAGCUUCGACGACCAGCUUAGCUUCGACGACCAGCUCAGCUUCAAAGACCCGUUCAGCACCCCCUCUCACGCCCUGGCGCUCCGCGCCGCAUCCCCCAUCGGAAACACAGCACUCAAUCCUGCAGAUCAGCCCGACCUGCUCGUCACCAACUUCGACGCAUUCAUGCCGUCGCCCGCGUACGCAACCAACUUCUCCCGCGCCGCGUUCAACGUCCGGCUCAUGCACCAGGACCUGCAGAAACGCUGGACGAUGCGGUGUUUCGCGCACACGCGCAGUGCGCUGUGCGGUCUUGAUGCGUGGGGCAAGUGCGUGCCGCUCAAUGGAAAGCCGAUAGCGGGUGAAACGGUGAUGUUUAGGCUGGGAGAUGACUUGUCAAGGCUUGAUAUCUGGCGCAUGUUGGAUCGUGAGAAUGUGCAUAUGAGGAUGAUGGCUAGUGAGCCGGCGAAUUGGGUCAAGAAAGUAGAUGAGGAUGACUUUGAGGGCAACUUGACAGUGAGUGAAAUGGGCAGCUGGUACAAAAGGCCUGAGGGGUGGAAGUUCAUCUGGAGACAGGCUGUGGGCUGAGAGAAAGAAGAAAAAACCAGGAACAUAAGAUAGAAAGGGAUAGAGGGUAUACUGUGUGCUGCGCAUAACGCAGAUGCCAACGGCGUUGGAGUUUGGGCACAAUCCGGUUGACUGUACAA